GAAAUAAACUCGGGAAAGAAAAAGAGAAACGAAAAAAAGUAUUGGUCGUAUCUCUUAAGUGUUUACUUCAGCAGCAGGUGUCCCAGGUGUACAUGAGCUGUCACCAGCAUUCGGGUGUCGGGCGUGUGUGUCUGUCACCUCUUUCUGGAUUACUGACUCGUCCUCGCCUCCUUCCAUAGCUUUAAGAUGCACACACUGGUCCUGGCCUCCCUGGUGGUGCAGCUGCUGGGUGUUGUGAGAAGCAUAGGUGUGGGGCGGCAGGUGGUAGUGGUCGCUCUUGACGGUUUCCCCAAGGAACAGCUCUCCAGGCACCCGUGGGAACACCUCACUUGGGUAUAUGCGCAUGGCAGUCAGCCACGCAGGUUCAUAAAUCAGUUUCCAACCAAGAGUUUCCCAAACCACUUCAGUGUAGCAACAGGAAUGUACUUAGAGUCCCAUGGUGUGGUGGGGAACACAGUGUUUGACAAGACACUGAACCGCACCCUCACCAUCAAGAAUAGUGAACUCUUUACACAGAACCCUGGAGUAAUGCCUCUCUGGACCCUGAAUGAACAACAGGGAGGCAGCAGUGGGUGUAUCAUGUGGCCAGGCUGCGAUGUCCCCUUCCAUGGGAGGAAUGUGACCUACUGGGAACCUUAUCAGAACAAUGCUUCACUUACCAACAGUGUGGACCUGACUGUGGAAUGGCUCACACAUGCCAUGGUUCCUGCCAACCUCAUCUUCCUAUACCAUGAUCAACCUGACAUGGCAGGGCAUGUCUAUGGCCCAGACUCACCCUACUACAGUGAUGUGCUCAAACAGGUAGAUGCAGGUGUAGGAUACCUUUUCCAUUUACUGGAGCUGCGAAAGAUAAGACAAAAAGUGGAUGUAAUCAUCUUGAGUGACCAUGGAACAGCCUCAAUCUCUGCAGAAACUGGCAUCAUUAACUUGGCUUCUGUGCUCAGCCCAGAACUGUAUACUUACACAGGUUCUUCUCCAGUUCUUAAUAUAUGGCCUGUUGAAGGGAAGGAUCUGUAUGUUUAUGCCGAGCUGAAGAAUGGGAGUCUCUCAAACCACUACAAAGUGUUCCUGAAGGAGGACUCACACAUGAAGGCUUGGCACUACAGGGAUAACCCACGCAUCAGCAGCAUCACCUUGGUGUCUGAUGUGGGCUAUGUCUUUCAGGACUUCACAGAUUACAUCAAGAAUUAUCAGGAGAAGGGAUAUCCUGGCUUGACAAAAGUGUUUGGUGACCAUGGAUAUGAGGUAGACAACCCAAGCAUGGAGCCAAUCUUUGUGGCAGUGGGACCUUCCUUCCGACAGAAAUUCAUCUCUGAGGACUUCAGCAAUGUCGACGUGUACCCGUUGGUGUGCAUGAUGCUGGGGCUUCCUCCAGGACCCAACAACGGCUCACUGGACAACAUUCAGACCAUUCUGGCACGCCCCAUCUCCUCACGCCUCAUUGAGCCUCUCCUUGUUGCUGUGGCUAUCUUGAUUCAUGCUGACACUUGGUGGUGGUACAAUCUUUUGAUUCUUCAGUGUUGGUCUUUACAAGUUUUUUUAUAAUAAUAAUAAUAAUAAUAAUAAUAAUAAUAAUUAAUAAUAAUAAUAAUAAUAAUAAUAAUAAUAAUAAUAAUAAUAUUGAUUAUAAUAAUAACAUUAAUAAUGAUGAUUUCCAGGAUUUGCAACUGGUGGAAAAAAUCAUUUUUGGCAAGUAGGCAUCUUAUUGUUCUAUGAGAUGGAAGUCUUUCUUUCUUUCAGCCCUACACUUUGGGUUGGUGCUUUCAGAGGAAUGGAAAGUGGGAAUUGAUGCCCUAUGACCAAAUUUUAUCCUUUGCUUUAUAUCAAAUGGUGGAGAAUUAUUUUUUGCUUUAUUUAUCUAACUUUUCUGGUUAAAGUAUAUUAAUUUCAUAUUUGUUUUUCAUAAUCAAGAGGACUUCUUGGAAAAGUUAAAAAAGCAAGUAGCAUGUAUGAAAUGGUAAUUCAUCAAAAUGACAUUUUUAUAUUGUAGUGAUGUACUUUGCUUUGUGAGGUGUAGUGAUGUACUUGCUUUGUGAGGUUAGGUUCAGAACAAUGACAUUAAGAAAAGGUGGUAGAAUUAUCACUUAUAAAAGAGUUAAUUUUUAUAAGACCUUGUGGCAAAUUAAGAACCUAAAGGCUGAAGUAGGAAACAAAAUCUUCCAAGAAAACAACAGACAUCCACUGUCAUUCAGUUGUUACUCUUUGUUUUGGUUAACUUUUACUUUGACAGUACUCAUAGGUGAUAUUUUGUAUAAUCUCUCAAUGAGUCAAACAUGCUUUAUUUUUUUAUACAUUUUUUAUAUGUAUUAUUAUUAUUAUUAUUAUUUUUUUUUUAUUUAUUUAUUUAUUUUUUUUAUACGUAAGAGGGUCACUGGCCAAGGAAAACAAAACCAGAAAAAAGGAAAAAAAUCCCCACUUAGGCACCAGUCCCAAAAGAGAUUUCAAGAGAAUCAUUGUAAAUUGAAGGAUAAAUAUCUUGAAACUUCCCUCUUAAAAGAGUUCAAGUUAUAGAGAGGAGGAAAUACAGAAGCAGGCAGGGAGUUCCAGAGUUUACCAGAGAAGGGGAUGAAUGAUUGAGAAUAAUGGUUAACUCUUGCAUUAGAGAGGUGGACAGAAUAGGGAUGUGAAAAAGAAGAAGGUCUUGUGCAGUGAGGCUGCAGGAAGAGGGGAAGCAUGCAGUUAGCAAGAUCAGAAGAGCAGUUAAAAUGAAAAUAGUUACAGAAGAUAGCAAGAGAUGCAACAUUGCAGUGAUGAGAAAUAGGCUGAAGACAGUUAGUUGGAGGAGAGGAAUUGAGAAGACAAAAAGCUUUUGAUUCCACCCUGUCUAAAAGAAUUAUAUGAGUGGAACCCCCAUACAUGUGAAGCAAACUCCAUACAUGGACAUAUAAGGACCUUGUACAGAGUUAGGGGUGGGGGGGAGAAAAGCUUGUGAAGAUGUCUCAGAAUGCCUAAUUUCAUUCGAGCUGUUUAAGCUAGAGAUAAGAUGUGAAGUUUCUAGUUUAGAUUAUAAGUAAAGGACAGACUGAGGAUGUUCAGUGUAGAAGAGGGGUACAUUGUGUCAUUGAAGAAGAGGGGAUAGUUGUCUGGAAGGUUGUGUCAAGUUGGUAGAUGGAGGAAUUGAGUUUUUGAGGCAUUGAACAAUACUAAGUUUGCUCUGCCCCAAUCAUUAAUUUUGGAGAGAUCAGAAAUCAGGUGUUUUGUGGCUUCCCUGCAUUAAUUGUUUACUUCCUGAAGGGUUGGACGUCUAUGAAAAGACGUGAAAAAGUGUAGGGUGGUAUCAUCAAUGUAGGAGGGGAUAGGACAAUAUGUUUGGUUUAGAAGAUCAUUGAUAAAUAAUAGGAAGAGAGUGGAUGACAGGACAGAACCCUGAGGAACACCACUGUUAAUAGAUUUAGGAGAAUAGUGACCAUCUACCACAGCAGCAAUAGAAUGGUCAGAAGGGAAACCUGAGAUGAAGUUACAGAGAGAAGGUUAGAAGCCAUAGGAGGUUAGUUUGGAAAUCAAAGCAUUGUGCCAGACUCUAUCAAAAGCUUUUGAUAUGUUUAGGCAAUAGCAAAAGUUUCACCAAAAUCUCUUAGAGUAUGACCAAGACUCAGUAACGAAAGCCAGAAGAUCAGUAGAGUGGUCUUGAUGGAACUCAUACUGGCAAUCAGAUAGAAGGUUGUGAAAUAAUAGACAUUUAAGAAUCUUCCUGUUGAGGAUAAAUUCAAAAACUUUAAAUAGGCUGGAAAUUAAAGCAAUUGGAGGGUAGUUUGAGAGAUUAGAAUGGUCACCCUUUUUAGGAACAGGCUGAAUGUAGGCAAACUUCCAGCAAGAAGGAAAGGUAGAUGUUGAUAGACAGAGUUGGAAGAGUUUGGCUUGGCAACGGAGGCAUAGUUUCGGAGAACAAUAGAAGGGACCCCAUCAGGUCUAUAAGUCUUCUGAAGGUUUAGGCCAGCGAGGGCAUUGAAAACAUUACUGUGAAGGAAGGAUUUUAAUGGGUAGCAUGAAGUAGUCAGAGUUUGGAGGAAGAGGAGAAACAAGCCCUGAAUCAUCCAAGAUAGAAUUUUUAGGAAAUGUUUCAGUGAAGAGUUCAAAUUUAGAAAUAGAUGAGAUGGCAGUGGUGCUAUCUGGUUGAAAUAAGGGAGGGACAGGUGAAGAAGCAAAGUUAUUAGAGAGUUUUUGGCUAAGUGCCAGAAAUCACAAAGGUGGGGGGGUUAGAUCUUGAAAGAUUUUGACACUUUCUAUUAAUGAAGGUGUUUUUGGUUAGUUGGAGAACAGACUUGGUAUGAUUUCAGGCAGAAAUAUAAAGAGCAUGAGAUUUAGUUGAUAGAAUGUUCAAGUACCCUUUGUGGGCUAUCUCCCUGUUAUGUAUAGCAUGAGGUACAGGCUGUGUUAAGCCAAGGUUUGGAAGGUUUAGGUCAAGAGAAAGAGUGAGGAAUGUACUCUUCCAUGCCAAACACUAUCACCUCUGUUAUGCACUCAGCACACAGAGGUGAGUCUCUGACACAGAAGUCAUUCCAAGGAAAAUCAGCAUAAUACCUCCUCAGUUCCCUCCAAUUAUCAGGGGCAAAAUGCCAGAGGCAUCUCCGCUUUGGGGAUCCUGAGGAGGGAUUGGAGUGAUAGGACAAGAUACAGAUAUGAAAUUGUGAUCAGAGGAAUCCAAUGAAGAAGAUUGGGUGACAGCAUAAGCAGGAUUAAAGGUUAGGAAAAGGUCAAGAAUGUUGGGUUAUGCACCAGUUGCUUUAGGUCAUGGAGGAUAGCAAAGUUAAAGGCUAGCUCACCAGGAUGGUCAGUGAAGGGAGAGAAAAGCUAAAGCUGGUGGUGAACAUUGAAGUCUCCAAGAAUGGAGAUCUCCACAAAAAGGAGGAGUCAAAAUGUUCUCCACUUUGGAAGUUAAGUAGUCAGAGAAUUCCUCAUAGUCAGAGGAGUUAGGUGAGAGCUAUACAGCACAGACAAAUUUUGUUUGAGUGACUCUGUAGUCAUAGCCAGAUGGUGGAAAGUUAGGAAGAUUCAAGAUUGUAGGCAUGAGAGCAGGUUAAGUCGUAUUGCACAUAAACACAAUAUCUAGCUUUGGGUUGAAAAUGAGGAUGGAGAAAGUAGGAGGGAACAAAAGGAACAACUCUCAGUUGCCUCAGACACCUGUGUUUUGAUGAGGAAAAGAAGAUGAGGUUUAGUAGAGGAGAGGUGGUGUUCUACAGAUUGAGAAUUAGAUCUUAGACCGUGAAUGUUGCAGAAGCUAAUGAAGAAAAAGUUGAGGGGAUGGUGUCAAGACACUUAGGGUUGAUACCAGAAGAGCAGUCUGACUUGUGGACAUUUGUGAUCCCCUUCCCAGAUUGGGACUCUGAGGCUGGUGUAGGAGUUGCCAUGACAAUUUUGAAUUUUGAGUGAAGGGUGUGUGUGUAAUUAGGUGCAUGUAGUUUUGUGUGAAGGAAGAGAGUUGUCUUUAGAGGGCAGGCUGUGUCUGUCCCCUUGUGUUGUGAGACACAAAGGGAAAUGUUCAGUGAGGUCACAGCUGGGUUAAUGAUAAGUUCACAGCACCCCCUGAUCCAUUGCUUAUGACCUCACUGGGAGUAAUUGUUGUUUUGACAGGUGUCUACUGCCUCCUCAUCCUAGGAGGUGAUAUUUUGUUGUAUUGUCUCUUAUUGAGUCAAAGGUGCUUCCUUUGAAGUAAGCUAAAUAUCAUUGUCAAACAUUCCUCUUGUGUCCAUUUUGCCCAGUAGAGGCAACACAUUGGCAAGGUUAAUUCAGCAGAUGGUUAUAGAUGAGCUGAUAAAUACAUAACAUAGUACUUUCACCUUCACAGAUAUUGAUCAUUAUGUCACAAGAAUAUGAAUAUUAUUGGUGAAAAAAGGCAGUGUUCUGGUACGAAAAGUAUGAGAAGGAUGAUUACAUGUGAAGAAGGAAUUACACAAGUUAUCCAAGAUUGAGACUGAGAAAUGGCAGCCAUUGAUUGUUUCUUAUAAUUAACAUAAAUGCUAUCAUGUUUCAUGAUAGAACAUUGCUCAAGCGAUGUCUUGCUUUGAAGGAGCAAAAAAAUGAUAGGCACAGUGAAUGUUAUGGUGGUAUGAUUUGGCUUUUUGAAAAUUUAAGAAUAUUUGUUCAGGUGGUGAUUCAUUUGUAAUUGAUUGGAUUGUUAGGAUAACCUAUUCAUUUGUAAGUGUUUGUUGUUUGUUUUAUGAUCUGUCUUGAUGUUUCAUAUCAGCAUGUAAGCAAUUGUUGAAGGUUUUGAUAUAUGUCAUGAACUUUUUAAGGUAACUAAUUGUUAUCCAAUGCAUUAGGCAGUGGCAUUAGAAAUUGCCAAUAAGUAAUGGAUAUACAUAUUACUACUUGAAGUUAUACAAAAUUUUAUAUCAUAGUGAAAUACCAUGAUCCUGAUUGAAGUUUUCAUUGUUCUAACCUGACUGUUGUGUGAUGUCUUUUCACUUUGGUGGUGGUGAUUUAACAUGACCCAGUGAGGCAGGUGAUGACAAGCAUUAAAUGGCUUCCUGUUUGCUAUCAGGCACAAUGGUGCUGUGGCUUCUGCUAUCCCGCAACAAGUGACAUAGUCAGGUAUUCUGCUGCUUUGGUCAGCAUCUUGCCUGUUGUGCUGUUUCUUAACCUCUUUGUUUGCACCAGUAACCAUGUAGCUCCAUUUGUGUGAAUGUGCAUGAGGGCCUAGAGAUAGUUUAUCUUAUUGAUUCACUGACUAACCUGCAUUCACAUCUAUUGUGUUUUGUGUUUAUCCUCAAUUUUUAAAGUGUUCUAAUGUACUGAGAAUCUUCAUACAAAACCUAAAAGUUAACAUUUUAGGUCAGGACUGAAGAUUGAAAGAAACCAUGAAAGUGACUGUAAUAUAUUAUUUGACUUUUGAUUAUGACAACAAAACAAGAUCACUGUCAGGGUUCACACUAACCAUCACUGUUAUGUUGUAGUUGGUGGUAAAAGCAUGUGGCUUAUUGUUCAUGCAUUCAGGAUUUGUGUCAUUCUGAAUUCUAUGAGUAUGUUUCACCACAUUUUCUUAAAGAGCUCCCUCUCAGAAACUGGCUAUGUUUCAAUCUCAUUAAGUCAUUAUCUCUGGUUUCUUAACUCUCAAUCAUUCUUAUAUUCUCUUGUCUUUAUCACCUGAGUUCUGAUAUUGUGAAUGGUUCUUUCCUUGUUUUUCAGACUGAAUAUGAUUUGUCUUUUCAUAAGUUUUAGCUGUUACUAUAUACUAGUUAUGCUCUUUUUGUGAGCUCUAGGUGAAUUGUCUUGGCAAAUUGUAUUUUGCACAGUCAUCCCUUUGCAAAUUACCCAGUUUUCUCUUAGAAGUAAAAUAUCCCUUGGUUCUUGCUUGUUGAUUUAAUAUUUCUUUUUUUUUGUAAUACUACUGUGAACCCUUGUUAGAUUUUACUUUGAAAUGUUCAAAAUAUUUAUACUCCUUUAUGAACAAAAUUUCUGAGCAUUAAAGUUAUAGUCUUCAUAAUACAUUUUAUAUGAAUAUUUAUCUUUGAUGUAUUGGUUCCCUUUUGAUUGAGAAACCAUAGGGAAGGAAUAUACCGUAUGCAUAUUCCUUAUUACAUGCAGAUUAUUAGUAAAAGAAAACAAAACAAUGAAUUAGUAAAAGGAAAUCAGGCAAAUAUGUCUAUCAUAUCUUUUAUAAAAUUCUUGAAUGGUUUAUGGUGUAUGUUGCUGGUAUUUCUGGCAGUGUCUCCCAUCAUCAAAAGUUGCAUUUUCUCAUGACUAACAAGAUUGAUGUUUAGAUUCAGUAAUUGUUAAAUACUCUGCCUUCUCAAAGUUGUGAGAUAGGAAAUGUCUUAUAUUGUUUUUGAGAAUAUUUAAUAUUCAUGGGUAUUUAAGCUAUGCCUCCAUGCCCAUGUCCAUUAAUAUGCCUGAAAAAGCUUUCCCAUUCUUAUAGAGAUCCUUUCCUAAAUGCAAGCAGAAUGUCCAGCUCACUUUGCUUGUUAAUCUGAUCUCCAUAUUACACAUAUACAAAUAAAAAAUAAACUGCU